AGGACAGCCUUCUAAUAAAAGCAUGACUCUACUCAGUGGGCACCUACUAUGUGUCAGGAACCAUGUUAGUUUCCAAGAUUCAGAGAUGACUGAAACCGAUCACUCACCUUGAGAAGCUCAUACUGGAAGGAAACAGCUGGAGCAUGGGCUGACUGUGGAGAAAAGGGGAAGACCAGGUCAGACAGGGAGCCUGGGGAGGGCCAUGGUGCCAAGCCAGUUGUGGGGGAGACUGGAGAAGCCACUUAUCUUCCUGUGCUGCGCCUCCCUCCUCCUGGGGCUGGCUUUGCUGGGCACACGGCCGGACUUCGCCCCUGUUGCUUAUUUCUUUCUCGCCUUGGGUGGCUUCUUCUUGUUUGCCUGCCUCCUAGCCUGUUCUCUGGAAUGGGGGCUCCGGCUCCGGCUCCAAACAAUGCAGUCCGAGAGCCCAGGGGCCUCAGGCAAUGCACGGGACAAUGCAGCCUUUGAGGUGCCAGCCUAUGAAGAGGCCGUGGUAGUGUUGGAGUCACAGUACCGCCACCAAGAGAUGGACCACCCACCCCCCUACAGCAGUAUUGUGAUCCCCCCAGGACUUGAGGAGGGACAGGAGGGGCACAGAGAAAGACUGGAAAGGCGAGUGGGCUCAGAGGGAUCUAUAGCCCAGGAAGGAAGCCCUGGAAGAAUUCCAAUCAGGCUUCAGGGACCACGGGCCGUGUCCACUGCUCCUGAUCUUCGAAGCUUGGCAGCUGUCCCCAAAUUGGAGCCUCUUACUCCACCCCCUGCCUAUGAUAUCUGCUUCGGUCACCCUGAUGAUGACUCUGUUUUCCGUGAAGCCGACCGGUCACCCCCCUAAACAGCUCUCCCAGGAUUUAUUUUCUCCCCAUACCAGACCCACGCAUUCAUUUGACCAUUUCCCAGUGCCUUCUAUGCGUCAGGGGCUGUGUUUCUGCCUGAACAUCAUAAAUGGGUACUUGGACCCAGAGGGGAGUUCGGCUACGGUAAGCCCUUCCCAGUUGAGAUAUGGGUGGUGUAAUUUGAGCCUUCUGGCAACAUUCAGUAACCUACCCCAUAUCCAGUAUUUCCAGAGUUAGAUUGAGGUGAGGUGAGGAGGUGAUCCAGAGAAGCUGGAGAAGGAAGAAAAGAAGUAGCAUCUGAGUGACAGCUAUGUUGCUUCUGAUCCAGGUGCUUUGCCUCUAUUCCCUUUUGCUUCCAGGCCUUGUGGGCUAUUAUUAUCCUCAUUGAAAAAUGAGGAUUCCAAGGGUCAGAGGAAUUUGUUAACUUGUACAAGGGCACACUGCAUAAAAAUAACUUGAAUGAACUCCUGAUUCCAAAGCCUAUUGUGUUUUCAAUACAAGGUAAUGGGAAGCCAA